AGGGGCUACGGCGGCCGCGCGGGGCCGCUCCUCGUCCCGCUUCGCCCCCGCCGGGAAGAUGGUGGAGGACGGGGUGGAGGAGCUGGAGGACCUGGUGCACUUCUCCGUCUCCGACCUGCCCAGCCGCGGCUACGGCGUCAUGGAGGACAUCCGCCGCCAGGGAAAGCUCUGUGACGUCACGCUCAAGGUGGACGAGCACAAAUUCAGCGCCCACCGGAUCGUCUUGGCCGCCUCCAUCCCCUACUUCCACGCCAUGUUCACCAACGACAUGAUGGAGUGCAAGCAGGACGAGAUCGUCAUGCAGGGGAUGGACCCGAGCGCCCUGGAGGCCCUGAUCAACUUUGCCUACAACGGACACCUGGCCAUCGACCAGCAGAACGUGCAGUCCCUGCUGAUGGGCGCCAGCUUCCUGCAGCUGCAGAACAUCAAGGACGCCUGCUGCUCCUUCCUCCGCGAGCGGCUCCACCCCAAGAACUGCCUGGGCGUGCGCCAGUUCGCGGAGACCAUGAUGUGCGCCGUCCUCUACGACUCGGCCAACAGCUUCGUCCACCGGCACUUCGUGGAGGUGUCCGUGGCCGAGGAGUUCCUGGCCCUGCCCUUCGACGACGUCCUCGAGCUGCUCUCCCGGGACGAGCUCAACGUGAAGUCGGAGGAACAGGUGUUCGAGGCGGCGCUGGCCUGGAUCCGGUACGACCGCGAGCCGAGGGAGCCCCGCCUGCCCGAGCUGCUGGCCCGGAUCCGCCUGCCCCUCUGCCGGCCGCAGUUCCUGGCCGACCGGGUCCAGCAGGACGACCUGGUGCGAUGCUGUCACAAGUGCAGGGACCUGGUGGACGAAGCGAAGGACUACCACCUGAUGCCCGAACGCCGGCCGCACCUGCUGGCCUUCAAGACCCGGCCCCGCUGCUGCACGUCCAUCGCCGGCCUCAUCUACGCCGUCGGGGGGCUCAACUCGGCAGUAGCGAAUUUUUAUGCAGGCGACUCGCUGAACGUGGUGGAAGUCUUCGACCCCGUCGCCAACCGCUGGGAGAGGUGCCGGCCCAUGACCACCGCCCGCAGCCGGGUCGGGGUGGCCGUCGUCAACGGGCUCCUCUACGCCAUCGGGGGCUACGACGGCCAGCUGCGGCUCAGCACCGUGGAGGUCUACAACCCCGAGACCGACGCCUGGACCCGGGCGGGAAGCAUGAACAGCAAGCGCAGUGCCAUGGGGACCGUCGUGCUGGACGGGCAGAUUUACGUCUGUGGCGGCUACGACGGCAACUCCUCCCUCAACUCGGUGGAGACCUACUCGCCCGAGACGGACAAGUGGACGGUCAUCACCCCGAUGAGCUCGAACCGCAGCGCGGCGGGCGUGACCGUGUUCGAGGGGCGGGUCUGCGUCUCCGGCGGGCACGACGGCCUGCAGAUCUUCAACAGCGUGGAAUGCUACAACCAGCACACGGGCACGUGGCACCCGGCGGCCGGCAUGCUGAACAAGCGCUGUCGACACGGGGCCGCCUCGCUGGGCAGCAAGAUGUUCGUCUGCGGCGGCUACGACGGGUCGGGCUUCCUCAGCGUCGCCGAGGCCUACAGCUCGGCGGCCGACCAGUGGUCCCCCAUCGUCCCCAUGAACACGCGCCGGAGCCGGGUCUCCCUGGUGGCCAACUGCGGGCGGCUGUACGCCGUGGGCGGCUACGACGGCCAGUCCAACCUCAGCUCGGUGGAGAUGUACGACCCCGAGACGGACCGCUGGACGUUCGUGGCCCCCAUGGUGUGUCACGAGGGGGGCGUCGGGGUGGGCUGCGUCCCGCUCCUCACCCUCUGAGCCGGGCGGGCCGGGGCGGGGAGGCGGGG